GGACGAAGGAGUUGCCCCUGUCUCAGCGGCGUUAAAUUCCCGAUCUCUCUGGGAGCGACAGCUGCGGAUUCUGCAACAGAAUGAAAGCGGUUUGCACCAUCGGGAGCAAGUCGACCACGCGGGUUUGAGCCCCAGUCGUCCGCGGAUGGGUCUGGAUGUGCCUAUCGUCUGAGACAUCAGUUGCAAUCCGCGCCGAGACGCAGACGGGAUGGGGGAGCGGUCGGACCGAGCCCCUCUGCUGGACUGGGAGGAGGUCCAGUCCGCGGAGAAGUCCGCCGGUGCAGAGUCCGGGGACCGGCUGUCGAGUCCCUCCGACAGCCGCGGCGCGUCGGGGCUUUGGUGGAGCGGCGGUCCGGGGGGUCCAGACGGCUGCGGCACCCCGCCCGCGACCUCCGUCACCCAGAAGGGCGCGGAUGCAGCGCUGCGCCCCGACGCGUCGGAGCAUCCCCCGGAUUCAGGACCUGCGGAAAAGCCCCUCGAAGACCGGAUGGUGACAUGGGAGGAGAAGGACCAGAUCGUGUCGGUCUUUGUGGUGACGUUCAACACCAGAACAGGCAACAUGCUCGAGUGGUGCCUGCCCAAGGAUAUGGACCUGGAGGGGGUGGAGUUCAAAGCCAUCGCCAGCGGCUCCCACAGAGUCACCACAGACUUUAUAUACUUCCGGAAGGGCUCCUACUUCGGCCUGGCCUGCUUCGCCAACAUGCCCGUGGAGAGCACGGCGGAGCGUGGCGCCAGGAUGAAGUCGGUGGGCAUCCUGUCGCCGUCUUACACCUUGCUCUACCGCUACAUGAGCUUCCUGGAGCACCAAGUCAGGCUCCAGCUUCAAUUCCCCGGCCACUACUCUCCCUUGGAGGCCUUCUACGAGGACAAGCGGGCACUGCUUCUCCCCAGCAGCGAGGACGUCGUUUCGGUUUGCCCGAUCAACGCCUGGGGGGCCGCCAUCCACCACAGCAUGCACCCAGAAAUGAAGAUCACUCACCCGGCGGGCUGCAUGUCCCAGUUCAUCCGUUUCUUCGGCGAGCACAUCAUGGUGCUGUGGAAGCUGGCACUACUCCGACGGCGGAUCCUCAUUUUCUCCCCGCCGCCCGUGGGCGUUGUCUGCUACAGAGUGUACUGCUGCUGUUGCCUGGCAAACAUCUCCAUCCCGGGGGUGGGCGCGGCCGUGCCCGAGUUCCGACCUUUCUUCUACGUCAACGUGGCUGACAUCAGCGCGCUCGAGAAUGAGCUCUCCUACGUGGCGUGUACGACUGAGAAGAUCUUCGAGGAGAAGCGGGACCUGUACGACAUCUACGUGGACAAUCAGAACGUCAAGACCUACCGGGAGGGUCUGAGGCCGCUGCUCCGCAUCAGCACCGCCGACCGGGAGAAGUAUCGCAAGCUCACCGAGCAGAGGAAGAUGCUGUUGUACUCUCAGGAGGAGAAUGGUGACUGCGUGUCCAGUGAAGAGGAUCUCUUUAUUCUGUUUUUCCUGGAGCAGAACAACAGGAUUUUCCAGACCCUGAGCGAGGUGGCGGGCAGCCCGGACCCGACGCUGACCCCCGAGAGCGUGAGGGCCAUGGGGCUGGACCCGCACGGCGACAGGCUCUUCCUGCUCCACCUGUUGGAGAUCUACGGCUUCGACACGCUGCUGCUCUCCGACCAGCUUUGCUGCAGCUGAGACCCGAGAAUCCCCCUCCCUCGGAAUCAUCACAGUCGGAAUAGCCUCACGUCCAGAAAUAUUUGCAUCAUUUUUAAUUUUUUUUUUUUUUUUUUUUGUAAGAAUCUCACAUUGCUGCUUCCUGGAGACUUUGUUGCAUGAACGGUAAACACAGCCUGGUAAAAGUAGCGUCCUGUAAAUACUGUAUUGUCUUUUCGCAGUGCAGGUCUGCUCCAGGCCUAAAUGAAGCAUUUAUGUACAAAAAUCAACACUUAUUUGAAAAAAAAAAAAAAUGUCAACACUGUAGUUUAACUGUAUUUUGUUAAAGGAUUUUUUUUGUUUUGUUUUUGCCAGCGAUGAGACCAAAUUGCAAUCUUUUCAACGUGCUAGAAUGGCGUCCACGCGGCCUUAAUUGCACGCUGCCAGCUGAGCCUCCGCACCCGACGUCCAGUUGGGGUUCGAACACUAACCAAGACAAGCACAGGCCCGAAAAGGAGGAAGUCGUUUUCUGCUGCCGCAGUGGUUCCUUGACAUGUGAGUCGAAUUCAUUCCGAGACCGCGCUCGUACCGCAAAUCAACUUUUUC